GUCUUGUUCCCCAGAUUUUCAUAAGGAGAGCACAAUAAGCCUGCCAUCAUGUCUGACAAAAAGAUGACCUCAAGCCGUCGGCACCAUCUCAAGAGUUUGAUUCUGGGUAUAGCCAAAGACCUGCUGUCGGCUGAGCAGAAGCAAACAGAGGUGGACAGAGUUAAUUACAUGGAGGAGAAAUGUCCACCUCUCUCUCUGCCAGGCUCAGUGCAGGAAUUACAGGAACUGUGCAAAGAGCUUCAUCAGAAGAUUGAUGUGGUGGAUGAGGAAAGAUACGACAUGUCUCUCAAAGUGGCCAAGAGUGACAAAGAGAUUGAGGAUCUGAAGAUUAAGGUUCAGGAUCUGAUUGGUAAAUUCAAGAAGCCCGCUCUGAAGAAAGUGCGUAUGUCUGCUGAUUCCAUGCUGCAGGCUCUGCUGGGCUCCAAACACAAAGUGUCCCUGGAUUUGAGAGCCAAUCUUAAACAAGUCAAGAAAGAGGUCAAGGAGGAGGAUAAGGAGGCUGUGGGAGACUGGCGUAAGAACAUUGAGGAUAAGGCUGGCAUGGGCGGCAGGAAGAAGAUGUUCGAGUCUGAGGCUUAAACAGGCAGCCAUUUUACUUCUGAAGUUGAUUUCUGAUGGACUUUCUAUUGCACGUUUCACUGUCAAAAAGUGCUUUUGCAUUCAAACUACACAUCCAACAAACCGUAACUACUCUAAUCAUAAUAUUGAGACUGCCAUGUACUACAUGAACUAUACUCACCUUAACCAAUAAAUUUUGGAAGACAAA